AAAACGGCGGUGUCUUUCCAAUAUUUACGGUAGGUACAGUCAUACGUCACCAUUGCGUCACUAAGCCGGAAGUUGUUUCUAUCCUUACUGCUCGCUACAUUCAGGGUGUCGCUCUAGUUUAGUGUGCUUGGGCCAUUAACCCCCCCCCGACACUGCUGCUGCGUUUGUCGAGGCACAAACAUGAACUGUGUCGCUUUUCACACACAGCUCGCCUCCAUCAUGGACAUUUUGGCGAGCGCCGCCGUGGCAGAGAUCUGCAAGCUCGUAGAGGAGGGAUUCGCAGCGCUGCGCUUACAGAUCAGGGAGAGAGACGGAGAAAUCGGAGCUCUGAGGGACCGGCUGAAAAAGACGGAGACGAGCUCUCCUCCUGUGCGUGGGGAGAACACACGUCUGAGAGACCCCUGUGUUUCAGGGCACGGGCUCGGAAGCGCUGAGUUGGAGCUCCUGCUCAAGGAGGAGGAGGAGAAGCUGAAGGAGGAGCAGGUGGAGAACACCUGGAACAUCUGGAACAAGGAGCCAAAGGGAGGCCUGAGAGGGAAGGGCUUUGAACAGCUGGAGGCAGAGGAGGAUGAUGACGAUAAAGGCUCCACCUUGAACACACAGACUUCACCUGCAGCCCACACUGAGCAACCGUGUUUGUGUGAGGCCAGCGUGCUGGAGGUGGCCGUCAAAGCAGAACCUAUGAAAGAGGACGUGAACCAGGACUUUGCGCAAAGAGAACCGCAAUGCCCGGCAGAAACACGGCGUACCGUGGACCCCGAGUACUUUUUACCGGAGAGAAUUUGUCCAUUUGGUUCAUCGGUCGUGCGGGAGGACGGUGAACUGGUGGCUGGAGGGACACGUGUGGACUCGGGCAGCCGGUCACUUCAGUCUGUUAGUGACUCGCGGACGAAUGUGCGUGGCCUUACUGACGACGGCAACAUCAGAUCAACAUGUAUAAAGACGUAUCGCAGGGACAUUCGGAAGCAGAAGCCAUUCCUGUGUAAAUACUGUGGAAAAGAUUUUGCUCGUAGGAGUGUGUUUGAGACACACCUGAGAAUUCACACGGGCGAGAAACCAUUCAGCUGCGCCCAGUGUCACAGGAGGUUUUCCGACAUGAGCUGUUAUAAAAGGCAUCAGACUGUCCACACCGGGGAGAAACCGUUCAGCUGUGUGUUUUGUGGAAAGUGUUUCAUACGUUCUUACCACCUGAGAAGACAUCAUCAGCAGAUCCAUGUGGGGCAGGUGGCUGCGGCGGAGAUGGGCUGCAAUCUGUUCUCACAGGGAGAAGAGUACGACCAAGGAAAUGUAACGGAAAGUACGGGAAGCUGACCUGCUGCAGCACACCCACUCCAGAUUCGCUUACACCUGUCAUUUUAAAGCCAAUUCUCUUCUACCCUGGGUAAACUGGGCUGUUUCCUUUUUUCUGUUGUUUCUCUUUAAUAUAAUUUUCUCCAUGUGCUUAUUUUCUUUUACUAUGAUAUUAGCCUUUCCAGUCUUCGUCCAGUUUCUCUCUGUAUAUCCUGUUGUUUUUUCUGCCACCAGGCUGUUAUAUGUAUGCUGCUGUAGUGGUGCAGUUGUCUUCAACACCAGUGAAGCUCUCCUUCCUAUAAUGUGAAACUGGUGUGAAAAUGGACUGUCGUCUUAGUACUGGGACUUAGAACCGAUAACAUCAUGGACAACUUGUUGCCCAGGGCCUUUAAGGAUAUUGUUUUCAAUUACUAAAUUUAAUAAAAUCUUGUCAUCCAUUGCCUGUUAUUCUCAUUUUAUUAUUGAAUAUAAUGUCCUU